UCCUAUUAGUACCACUUGAGCUGUUGAUGGCUGUUCAUCUACUUUGACAUUCGUCUCGUACGGAUUCUUGCACUCUUGCAGCAAUGGACGAGGAAACUAGGGUUUUGAAAGACGUCUUUGGGGAAUCAUCAGAAAGCGAAAUCGAUACUCCACAAUCUCAGCCCGCCAUGAACUAUUCAUGGGAGCGUUUGGAUGAAAUCAAUGGGUUGUGGAUUUGCAGAGGAUUUAUUCAACCUGAGCGCCAAUCUUCAUUGCUCUCUGCUAUCGAACAAGAAGGAUGGUUCACUAAGGCCUCCUUCAAUCAGGCCAUGAGGUUUGGAGAUCUCCCGGAAUGGGCUGUCGAACUCUGUGGGUUAAUUCGGGAUGUGGUGUGCUUGUAUGAUUUCAUCCAUGAAGAUAAUUGCGUGUCGACUCAAAAUGCUAAAUGCAAAGAAGAACCAACUCCCCUAGCACCAGAUUUAUUGUGGAGGGAACCCUUGUUUGAUCAACUCAUUGUGAAUGCAUACCAACCAGGUGAGGGCAUAUGCGCCCAUGUAGACCUGAUGCGCUUUGAGGAUGGAAUUGCGAUCAUCUCAUUGGAGUCAUCAUGUGUGAUGCACUUUACACUGGUUAGAGAGCCUAGUAGCUCUAGCAAAAAUGCGUAUGAAAAUGUAGAUGAAGAUGCAGGGGUAUUUCGGGACAUGUGUGUUCCUUUUCUUCUGAUGCCAGGAGAUCUUGUUCUUAUGUCAGGAGAGGCUCGCUAUCUUUGGAAGCAUGAGAUCAACAGGAAGCCGGGAUUUCAGAUGUGGAAAGGGCAAGAAAUUGAGCAGCACAGGAGGAUAUCUGUUACUCUGAGGAAGCUUUGCCAACCUCGUUAGCUACUUUGUUUUGAUUCUUUCUUUUCUUUUUCUUCAUUGCAUUUCUCGUUUAUUCUUUUGGCUAAGAAAUCUACCUCGAGGGAAAGAAUACCGUGCAACCAUGGACUAUUGAAAGUCCAUCAAGUGUCAUCAUCAUCCAAUCAAUGGGUGGGUGGUGAUGGAAGAAAAACACUGACCAACCAAUUGUUGGGAUGAUAGAUGAUGGAGGGAGAGGACAUGUCAUUACCCAAACUGGGUCCCACUGCCAAUUGUUGUUCAUCUAUUGGUUGAAUGGUGAUGACCCAAGAGACCGUGGUUUUCCAUAGUCCACUCCACUGGGUUACAAUUCUCAUAUCUAGACUUAAUUCUUCAUGGAAUAUGUUGGAACUUUUCCACAUGGGGCUGUAUACUGUACUUGGUUGGUUACUCAUACUCAAGUUCCACUGUCCAUAGCA